UCUCUCGUGCCCCAUAGGCAUAGAUACAAAAUCUAUUUGUUCAUGGAUGCAAUAAAUGGCAUUUAGUUCAUUGGCAUUGUUUGGAAUUUAAUAUCCGUGCUGCAGUCUCCAUCAAGAGGACUAGUCAAUUCUUUAUUUUUCAAUCUUUUCAUCUUCUUCUCUAGAGAGUCUAAAAACACGCCACCGUUUCCUUGAUGAUCACAGUCACACACCCGUAUUUUUACUGUAGCUGUGGAGACGAUUCGGAUUGGAUAAGUAAAACUUAAAAAAAAAAAAAGCAGAUAUGGGAAGAUUUUUAGAUCUGUGGUUUGUUUGUUGUUACCUUGGAAAUCGGAGUACUCUCUGUUCUCUCUAAAAGAAAAAUAAAAAAAAACAUAAGCAUGUUUUGAGGUCCACAUAGAAAACCCCACGUGCGCACCGCUUAAUGGAGGAGGUAACCAGAAACCCGGUUUAAUUUGGGAUUCACUAACCCAUAAAGUUGCAGUCGCUUUACUCAUUCGAGCCUACACUUCUACUUUAGAGAGAGAGAGAGAGAGAGAGAGAGAGAGUCCACAUUUUAGAGAUGAUGAAUCGAAGAAUCCUCUUCGUGUUUAUGAUUCUGGGUUUUUUCAUAUCUCUUUCAGAAGUAGAGUCGAUUUCGUUCAAGAUCACAAACCGUUGCCGUAACACGAUUUGGCCCGGUUUACUCUCCGGCGCUAACUCUGCCCCGCUCCCCACUACCGGCUUUCGUCUCUCCCGUGGAAAAUCCAAAACCGUCGCUAUACCAUCUUCAUGGUCCGGUCGUCUCUGGGCAAGAACCCUGUGUUCCCAAGAUCGUGCUUCUGGUUCUUUCCUCUGCUUAACCGGCGACUGCGGCUCAGGAAAGGUUGAAUGUUCCGGCUCCGGUGCUAAACCACCUGCAACGCUCGCCGAGUUUACUCUCAACGGCACCGGAGGACUAGACUUCUACGACGUCAGCCUCGUCGACGGCUACAACCUCCCCAUGCUUAUCUUGCCCAAGAAAAUCGUUGUGGGUGGCUGCGGAGCCACCGGGUGUCUCGUGGACCUGAACGACGCGUGUCCUAGAGACCUAAAGCUGGUGGCGCGUGGUAAAAGAAACGGUGUGGCUUGCCGUAGCGCGUGCGAGGCAUUCGGCGAUCCAAGGUACUGCUGUAGCGAUGCGUACGCUACGCCGGACACCUGUCAGCCUUCGGUUUACUCGCUCUUCUUUAAGCACGCGUGCCCGCGAGCCUACAGCUAUGCUUAUGACGAUAAGACCAGCACUUACACUUGCGCCACCGGAGCCGAUUACUUUAUCAUCUUCUGCCCUCCGCCGUAUACAAGUGAGAAGCUACUAGGAUCGAGGAAAGAUGGGGCAACUCUUCCGCUAGUAAACAAGAUCAUGAUACAUUUGCCGCAUCCUCGCAGCAGCUGAGCCGACUCUGUAUUUGUAUAAGGUCCUUUUUUUACAUCGGGUAUGUGGUACACACGGCUACUUGCAUUUGUCUGUUGAAGUUGCUAAUUGUUUUCAUUUCCUCUUACUUGUUGCACGCAGAUAGCAAAUUCAUGUGUAGAAAAAUGUCAUUACGAUAAUACCAAGGUCGAAGCAAAUUGUAAAUCUCCUCUUGUUUUACAGAGCCCUUUCGUCAUUCAAAAUUUUCCCAAAAAUUGUUGUUCCUGUCAUCUGCCCUUUCGUUCAAUCAUAAGAUGGAAGAAAUACAUCUUGUGUA